UCACUUUCUUGCUCAAGAACCGUGUUGCUGCUGCAAUGAAAUCAUCAUCAGCAUCAUCAAUAAUGGAUUUGGAUGACAUGAAAAAGUCACUUGAUUACAUGAAGGCUAAUGAAAUAUUUGAGCUGAUAGAAAGGGCCAUUAACAUUGCUGCAUCUCAACAUCCGAAAGAGUUACUGCAACAAAGAGACAGAAUAGUUGACAUGCUUCUCAACUCGGACACUCAUGAUGAGAAAAGGAUAAUCAAUGAUGGAGAUGAUUUAUGGGGUGAUUUUCCGACAAUUGAUGAAGCAGAGAGCAUGCUCACUGAAGUUGCAUCGCUUGAUCCUCUUAAGACAAUGAUUACAAGCUUUUGA